AUGUCGUCGUCGCACGCGGCGGCGACCGCGACGCCGGCGCCAGGCGGCAGCGGCGGCAGCAGGAGCAGCGCGACGCGGGAGAAGACGUACUUUGAGCAGCAGCGGGAGGCUGUGAUUGGGGAGAUCGCGAUGAGCUUCGAGCAGGUGCUGGCGAGCAUCAACAAGCUGAACCGGGCGGUGGAGGCGGUGGUGGCGGUGGGCAACGAGUUCGCGUCGGUCGAGGCGCUGUGGUCCCAGUUCGAGGGCGUCAUGGCCGCCGCCCCCGCCGACGAAGCCCGCGGUGCGGGCGAGUCCGCGCCGCCGCCGCCGCCGCCGGUGCCGCGAGCCGAUGCCGAGACGGCGCGGCGGCAGAAGCAGAAGGAGGAGCAGGAGCAGGAGGAGCAGGGGGCAGACGACGAGAGUAGUGACGAUGAGGAUCAUCCCCCCUCGCCGACCCUGGCCACGGCUGCGGGGAGGCUGGGGAGGAGGUAG